UUAGAUCUUUCCUCUCAAUCUUUCUUUCAUCAAAUCAUAGGCUCGAAUCAACGCCAUGAUGACAAAGAAAUUUUGGGAAUGUCGAACGAAAAGGCGAUUCUCGCUCUCUUGCAAGGCUGCAACAGCCUCAAGAGGCUUCGAAAGAUCCACGCACAUGUUAUUGUAAGCGGCCUCCACCAUCAUGUCCCCAUUGCCAACAAACUUUUGAACUUCUGUGCCAUCUCUGUUUCAGGUUCCCUUGCUUAUGCCCAGCUUCUCUUCCAUCAGAUGGAGUGCCCACAAACCGAAGCCUGGAACUCCAUCAUCAGAGGCUUUGCCCAAAGCUCAUCUCCCAUUGACGCCAUUGUUUUCUACAAUCAAAUGGUUUGUGACUCUUUCUCUAUCCCUGACACAUUUACUUUCUCCUUUGUGCUCAAAGCCUGUGAAAGAAUCAAGGCUGAGCGUAAGUGUAAAGAAGUUCAUGGCUCGGUAAUUCGUUGUGGUUAUGAUGCUGAUGUGAUUGUCUGCACCAAUCUUGUCAAAUGCUAUUCAGCGAUGGGGUCAGUUUGUAUUGCCCGACAGGUGUUUGACAAAAUGCCUGCAAGAGAUUUAGUGGCUUGGAAUGCAAUGAUAUCUUGCUUUUCACAACAGGGUUUGCACCAGGAGGCACUGCAGACAUACAAUCAGAUGAGAAGUGAAAAUGUGGAUAUAGAUGGGUUUACACUUGUUGGGUUGAUUUCGUCUUGUGCCCAUCUUGGAGCGUUGAAUAUUGGAGUUCAGAUGCAUAGAUUUGCUCGGGAAAACGGUCUUGACCAGAGUCUUUAUGUUGGAAAUGCGUUAAUAGAUAUGUAUGCGAAGUGUGGUAGUUUAGAUCAGGCCAUUCUUAUCUUUGAUAGAAUGCAGAGGAAGGACAUUUUCACUUGGAACUCUAUGAUUGUUGGGUAUGGAGUGCAUGGUCGAGGUAGUGAAGCUAUCUAUUGCUUUCAACAGAUGUUAGAAGCAAGAAUUCAACCAAACCCUGUCACAUUUUUGGGUUUACUUUGUGGAUGUAGUCAUCAAGGUUUGGUUCAAGAAGGUGUUAAAUACUUCAAUUUGAUGAGCUCCAAGUUUAGGCUAAAACCUGAGGUCAAACACUAUGGAUGCCUUGUGGAUUUAUAUGGUCGAGCUGGAAAGCUUGAUAAGGCACUUGAAAUUGUAUCGAAUUCAUCACACAAUGAUUCAGUUUUGUGGCGAAUCUUACUUGGGUCUUGCAAGAUUCACAAAAAUGUGACAAUUGGAGAAAUUGCCAUGAACAGGUUGUCUGAGCUUGGAGCUACAAGUGCAGGGGAUUGUAUAUUGCUGGCUACAAUCUAUGCUGGAGAAAAGGAUAAAGCUGGUGUUGCAAGAAUGAGAAAAAUGAUCAAGAGCCAAGGGAAAAAGACUACCCCAGGCUGGAGUUGGAUCGAAAUUGGGGAACAAGUUCAUAAAUUUGUGGUUGAUGAUAAGUCCCAUCGUUAUUCCGUUGAAGUUUAUGAGAAGUUGAGGGAAGUUAUUCAUCAAGCCUCCUUUUUUGGAUAUGUAGGAGAUGAGUCUAUUUCGUCACUGGAUAUGCUUUCCACCAUGGAAACUUUAAAGACAUCCUGUACAUAUCAUAGUGAGAAACUUGCAAUUGCAUUUGGAUUGGCAAGAACUGCAGAUGGGACACAGAUCCGUAUUGUUAAAAACCUUCGAGUUUGCAGAGAUUGUCAUUCAUUCAUAAAAGCUGUUUCGGUGGCAUUCAACCGAGAAAUAAUUGUUAGAGAUCGGGUUCGGUUCCACCACUUCAAGGGUGGCGAAUGUUCUUGCAAUGACUACUGGUGAAAAGUGAAUAAUGUACUUUCAAUUCUGUCCAUUUCAAGUCUACAGAGGUUCCUCUCAUUGUUACGGAGUUUUGGCUCUUAGUGCUUCAAGCUCAAGAAGGAUAGUUUAUAAGUGAAAUAGAAUUCUGAGCUUUCACGGGUGAUGGUUGGACGAAUAAUUAUGGUUGGACAACUUGUUCAGAUGAAGACAAAAGAUGCAUCAAGAGUGAAGAACGUGUUUUUCCACGUAGGAUGGCGAAAAGAAGAAAGGAAGCGAGGAUUGUGUGCUUGAACUCAACUAUAAGAAGCCGUUUGACGAGUUGUAAGGUGAGAUGCCAACACAUCACUUUGCGAGAUGAUUCACUAAAAGACAAAAGUGGUACUUAGAGCUGAUAUGACUAAAAACGGCUAUUGGCUGCACUCUGGUAGAGCAUUAAAUUUUUGCCAUCGCAAUAUGACUAUAAAUACCUCAAACUCCACCAUGAAAAAUUCAAAGAGGGUCUCCCCUAAGGAGGCCGGUGAAAGGACAUGUUUUGAAGUCCUUCACCAUCAAUAUUUAAGUGAGAGCUUAGAAAGAGAUUAGAGAUAGAAGUUCACCCUCCAUUCACUUGUAAAAGAGCCAAGCGGAAAAGAUAGGCUUUAAAUAAUAUUAUUAUAGAUCUUGAAACCUAUUAUAAAAUCAAAUUUCCCAUCUUGGAACCACCAAGCCAAGUAGAAAAGAAAAUAAUAUUGUAUUGUAUGAUCUAAUUAAUAAACCAAUGAAGAUAAAUAAUAUUUUGGUGA